UGACUUUCGUCUGCAAGAGUGCAAUAAUAAGCAAUUUUUAUUGUAAUUUUUAUCGCAAAUAGAAGUUACAGCUUUUCGUCAAUGAUGACUUCUGAAAGUUCAAGUAGUUCAGGAAAUCCGUAUGACCUCAAUGGGCCAAAUUUCAAUUCUGAAUUGUACCUACAAAAACUAUUCAAGCAAUGUAAUCUUAAACAAGUUAUGGAUCAUGAAGCAGAAAUUGUGCGUGAUACACAAACUUUACAUUCUGAUAUGCAAACUCUCGUUUACGAAAAUUACAAUAAAUUCAUAGCAGCUACAGAUACUGUUAGGAAGAUGAAAUAUGACUUUAACCAGAUGGAGGAAUCAAUGGACUUAUUGGCUAAAAAUAUGGAUAGUAUCACUUCAUCGUCUGAACAAAUAUCAUCAACCCUGCAGAGUACCAAACAUCAAAUUAUAAGAUUAUCAUCAAUCCAUACGUUACUGGAAAAACUGCAAUUUUUAUUCAAGCUACCGAAUAAGUUGACUGAUAAAUUAAACGAAGAGAACUAUCGUCAAGCUGUACAAGACUACAUACAUGCCAAAAAAGUAUUAAAUCAAUACGCUAACAUGCCAUCCUUCCAAGGUAUUCAAAAAGACUGUGAGGAUAUAGUAGAGGAGUUGAAAACAAGACUGCAUGCACAAUUUGAAAAGAAAGAUGCAUCAAUGCAGUCUCUGGCAGAAAGUGUAGAUCUGCUGUUGCAAUUAAAAGAGCCAGCUGAUAUAUUGUGUGCUGAUUUUCUGACCCAUGCAGAUGCUCGGCUGUCAGAACAAUUGGAUAAUUUGAGAGAUAUGUGUGAAAAUGAUAUAAUUGAAUUUGUGGAUGCAAGCUUAUCUGGUUUCUUGAGUGACUUGUGUUUGAUUGUUGCCUCUUACAAGGAUAUGUUUGUUGAUCGCCCACCAUUAGAGCCUAAUGAAUUUAGUGAUGAUUUUGAUACUAAAGCUGUUUCUCGGUUAAAUACUUUUAUCAUGAAUAACAUGAAGAAGUACUUUGAUCUUGUUGGAAAGAGAGUAGAAAAUGUAGCUGACACAGCAGUACUUGUCAGAGCAUUGGAUAGAUUUUAUAAAAGAUUGCAAGCUAUGAAUGCACUCUGUGAAGACACUGAUUUUGCAAGAACUGGAACAGAAAUAGUCAUAAGCGCAGGUAGAAAACAAUGCCGCAAUCAUCUUGCAGCUUUAAAACAGCAUCUAAAUGAAACUCUAGCCAAAGUCAGACAAACCUUAGCUUCCAAAGUGUCUUCCGAAAGUGAUGGCGGUUUACCCGAACUACAAGCUCUACUUGUAAUGCCUACUAUCGAAAAAGUCAAGGGAAUAUUGCAGGAUUUGGUUAUAUUUUUGCAGCCAGAAUUGUCAUUUGGCUUAAAACCACAAUUUCUUCAGCGUUUUUGCGUGGAUGAAGUUAGGGAAGGUCUGGUGAUUGGCUUUCUCUAUCAUUUAACGGCUACUGCCAACGGAUUUUGCACGGGAUUGGAUACUCCGAAAUUUCCAUUAACGUUACUCUUGCUUUUAAGCAAAAUGUGCCUUGAAUUUAAAGACAGCAAUGUUCAUUAUCUCUUAACAUCGACAGAUGACCUAUUCAAUAUAGAAGAAUAUGCCUCUUCAAAAGGCGAUCUCACAUCCGAAAUCGAAAUCUGUGAAAAUUUUCAGAAAACAGCUCAAGAACUGUUGAAUAACUUUGUACGUUUGCAAGGACUUGCAGUUUCUCAGAUGCUCCGAAAAUCAGUCGAAACGCGUGAUUGGCUGCAUACCAUAGAGCCCAGAACAGUUAGAGCAGUGAUGAAACGCGUUGUCGAGGAUAUCACGGCUAUCGAAUCACAGGUCACUGCUCUCUAUGAUGAUAAUGAUGGACAAGUUGACAGAAGUAGUGACAGCAGUCGAAAAACUCAUAGUGUUUCAAGACAUCAAUACCGCUCAAACUGGUCAUCAUAUACUCCAAAUCACUUGGACUCAUCCUUCGUAUCAAACAUCCACAAAUUAUUUUCCGAAAGAAUCGAAAUCUUUUCAUCGGUGAAAUUCAACAAAGCAUCCAUUCUAACGGGAAUCGUGAAAAUCAGUCUCAAGACCUUCCUCGAGUGUGUAAGGUUGAGGACCUUCAGCAAAUACGGUCUGCAGCAAAUACAAGUCGAUACCCAUUAUUUGCAACUUUAUCUUUGGCGAUUCGUCAGUGAUGAGAACUUAGUGCACUUCUUGUUGGAUGAGAUCCUGGGUAGCGCAGUACAUAGAUGCCUGGAGCCAGUGCUGAUGGAGCCAAGCGUGGUGGACAUAAUCUGCGAGAGAAAUUAAUUAACGCCGACGCGACGCGAGAGAGAGCGGCUGCAAUCUAACGCUUUGAAUUUUCAAUUGGAUAAUGAUACGUCCCAUUGAGAGCGAUAGAGGCACGCAUCACACGUACACAUACACCCACACCCACACACACGCACACACACACACACAGAGAUACACACACACAAAAGCUUUUAUGAGCACGAAAAUUAGUUCAUCGGAAGAAUCGUAAGCGGCCUCGCGCCCGCCACGUUCACACGUAUAUAGCAUCAGCCCGCGCGUUUUAUCGUUGAAUUGGCCCGAUUGACGCUUAUACUGCGCGCCGCGCACAUGCCAUGCGAUCGUUGUGUCGCUCGUCGGCUAUAAUUGCGAUUGUAAAUAUGUAUUAAUGAUGAAUGGAACGACGAACAGCGACGGCAUGGCUUAUUAUUCAAUUACAGCUCAAGAUUGUACCAGAUUUGAGAAUAGCGCGAGUUUGACGAGAGAGAGACAGAGGAAGUGCGUUUGUCUCGCUGUCUAAUUAUAAAUGUAGCUUUCAUGUUUAAGCGCUUUACUUUUGAUACUGUUAUUAUUAUAUGUGCAAUGUUAUAUUGUGAGACGUUUUAAUGAUCGUCUAAUAAAUUGAUUUUUA